UAAGCGGCACCCCAGUCCACAACAGUGAGGAGGGGGCAAUUGCUGAAGUUAGUGUAGUUUCUCUAACGUCGACUUUACAAUGCAACUAAAAGCUUGUAUCUCGGUUUAAAUAGUACAGUCGAUAGUCGUCGUCGGUACUGCUAACGAUAGCAUAAUAUACUUACAAGACUUCUGAACCCAAUUGGAUCCAACUACGAGCGAGCAGCAUGGAUCUUCUAGGUAGCCCAUGCAGUCCAGAAGGAGAUGGCAGCAGGUUAGAGCAAAGCCUCCCAAACCAGAGGAGAUUCAGAAGCCUUCAUGUGCUCACUAUAAGAUUUGUCAGGUUGCUACAAGAAUCUGAAUCUGGUGAGCUGGACCUCAGAAAAGCCAUCAAAAUCUUGGCUGCUGGGCAGAAAAGGCGAAUCUACGACAUCACCAAUGUGUUGGAAGGUGCUGGUCUGAUUAAGAAAAUGUCCAAGAGCAUUGUUAGGUGGAUCGGUCCAGCGCCUGCCAAAAAUUCACAUGAGAUAGCCAGCAGAUUGGCAGUGUUAAAGUCUGAACUGCAGGACUUGGAGUACGUGGAAUUUACGUUGGACCAGCAGAAACUAUGGGUUGAACAGAGCAUCAGGAACACAACAGAAGACUGCAGCAAUCUGACCUAUGUGAAUCAUGAAGACAUCUGCAACUGCUUCAGUGGCAACACACUCCUGGCAGUAAAAGCACCCUCAGGCACACAGCUCGAUGUUCCUAUUCCCAAAGCUGUCUUGAACAGCCCGGCAAAAUACCAGAUCCAUCUGAAAAGCACCAGAGGACCCAUAGAUGUUGUACUUCUUAACAAGCAGUCCGUCAGUUCUGUUCCUGUCGUACUUCCUGUCCCACCACCUGAAGAAUUUUUGCAAAGUGCCAAGUCUGCCAUGUCUACUUCACAUGAGAAAGAAAGCAGUACUGGACCGUGUCAAGCCUCUGUUGAUACCAAAGAAAGUAUUAGAUCUAAAAGGACUUCAUUAAAGGACGUGCACCCUUCUCUUACAUCAUCAUUUAUCAGUGCGGAGCUCAACAGACCAGGUGAAUCCCAAUUGCGAGACAUUUCAGAGGAACUGCAGCACCUAAUAGAGCCCACCAAAAAACUGCUGAACAAAGAUAUACUCGCACAGCUGUUAGCCUCUGAAGUUUUUACUCCAGUUUUUGGUCCACCCCCAUCUGAACAUAAACAUCUGGAUGAGAACAAUGGCCUCUCCAGCCUCUUUGACCUCCGCCUGCUCAAUGUUUGACCAUGAGGUCCUGCAUUCCUGGAAAAGUGGAUAUGUUCCUGAUGUAUUUUUUUUUAUAUAUAUAUAUGUAUAUGCGAUUAUAUUGUAUAAUAAAAUCAUG